AUGAGGCAUUCUCGGCCAUUCUCGGCGUCGGAGAGGGCAGCGCUUCUUCACCUCAUUGGACAACUGAUCGAGCACACCUUCCUUGUGCUACGGCCCAAGCAGAUCGACCUCAUCCGGAGCAUAGUUGGGCGAGACGCCGAAUCGCUGAACACCGCUAGCCUUCCCAUCAGCCCCGCUCGCGAGGCUGAGGUUCACCGAGACGAGUUGACGACGACUCGCCGCAUUCUCGACUCCCUCGAUAGUCUGAGCCCCAGUCUAACCUGUGGUCAGGCUGUCUCGUUGCUCGGCUGCCUCUGCCACAUGCAGGCCAUCGCCGGUAUUUCCUCCGAACAGGCCAGCCGGUUGGCGGACCUCGAACUCGAGCUCACCAGUCGCCUGUGUCUGCACAUCCUGGCCAGCCCACUCAGCGCUCCCCUACACCUGCCCACCAUCCUCGACACGGACACUGUGGCCAUGUUGACUUGGUUGUUGCAACGUUGUCCGAUUGAGGCGAGUCCGGUCCCCGACGGUCUCUCGCCCGCCUCUCUGUCGCCACCCGCCUCUCCUGGCCACCGUUUGCCAGUGGGUUUGUCUGCUCCUCAGCUCCAGGCGACGACUCUUCCGGACCGACUACCUCGUCUAGUGUCACCAUCAGCGCUGCUCGCCGCCACGUCCUUCCUGCAGAAUCUGCCCGAGGCCACCUGCCUUGGACCCGACGAAGCUGGUCUGAUGUCAGCCUGUCUGAACUCCAUACAGAUCACACUUGAUGAUCUCUCCAGCAUGGGCCUCCUGACGACGAGUGUCCAGACGGACCACCGGUCGUUCAGUUGUCACGGUCCCUUCCGGCCUGAUGGACUACAGCCGCCCUGUAUUGCACCGUCCGAACUGGCCGCUGUUGAGGCAGUGCGCGUUCGAUUGGACAAAUAUCUGACCGACUGGGAAGACGACAAGAGGACGCGGGAGGGACGAGUUGAGGCGGAGAUAGGUUGUCUGCUGGCCGUACUUGCGAGUCGGCUUGGCAAAAAAAUUGCCCAGGCCUACCAUGCCAGUCUUCGAAGAGGACUCGAGAUCUGGCUUUCCGCCUCGGCCAAUGACCGAUUCGUCUUCAACCGACGGACGGCAGGCGAUCUUGUCAACGCCUUAUACGUAGCCGUGACUGCGUGCUCAGGCCAAGCCUCACAAAUGUACUCACUCCAGUCAAAUAGAUCUGGGCUGACACUGCAGGCGCCAAUCAACCUUUAUUCCGUUCCCCCGGCUGGGAUUCGAGUCAGCGUCCAGUCGUUAAUUGAACAGCUCAUCAAGCCUGUUGACGAGGUGAGCAAUUUACCUACAAUUAUCGGUUGCAGUCUAGUCAUAAAAUAUCUCCUUUAG